CCAGGAUACGGUGACACACUCUGCAUCCUGAUUGGCUGCCAGCUAUGCAAGGGUGGGCACACAAAAAAGGAAGGGAAGGAAAGGAAAAAAAUAAAAGAGGGUGAUUCUGAUGCUUAGAUGGAUGGCUGAAGCAGCACAGCUCCAGGCAGAGCAGCGAGCACCAUUUUAGCAGGAGCUCUGAGCGGGGAAAACGUGGGCUGAGACGGAGUGAUAGAGGAGGAAAAAAACAAACCAGAGGAAGAACAGAUGGCCAGUUGGUUUGAGAGGUAAAAAUGACUGAGUAUAUGUAGGUAAGCGUGAGAGGAGAGCGGGCCGGAAAACAAGGGGACAGAGGGAUAAAAGGGGAGGAAGGAAAAGACAAGGAGGCAUGAGCACGAACAACAGAGAUGCAGCAUCCCAUUCUCUGCCUUUUAUUCUGACAUCCUGACUAAGACACGGAGAGGAGGAACCAAAGGGAAAAAAAACUAGAGUGGUGGAAGAUCGAAAGUAGAAAGAGAGGGGAGGUGCCUGUUCCUCAAAGAGGAGAAAAGGAGUAAAGGAGGACGGGGGUUUGGGGAGGGGAGGCUGGGGUGCUCAGCACGUAAAACACAAGAAGCCUCACAGCGCGCAGCUUCACACACACGCUGACACAGAUAGGCACCCAGCCUCCACUGGCAGGCCGGGGCAACGCUGGGCAUUGGCAAAGUGGCAGGUGAAGCAGAGGAGGCAACCGCUGGGGCAGAGCGGAGGAGGAGAGCAGUACUAGAGGACAACGACGGAGAUAGCCGAGGAGGAGGACGAGGUGACGCGGUGUGGUGUGGAGGCUCGGCGCUGAGGGAAAGACGACGGGGGAGGGGCAGCGGUGCUGAGGAGGAGGAAGAGGAGGAAGCCAGGGGACUGAUGGCUCGCGGCAGCGGCUCAGGAAGGUGGAGCAGGCAGAGGUUGGGAUUCUUCAACACUAUGCUGCGCUGCAACCUCCCCCCAGAGACCCAGAAAGUGGUGGUGUUCCUCAUCAUGAUGCUGCUCAUCAUCAUCAAUGUGGUGCUCAUGUUUCUGCUGGCCUUCCAGUAGAGCGCACACACACAGACCAAUACUCUCUGUCUCUCUCUUUGUCUCUCUCUCUUCCUCACACACACACACACACACACACACACACACACACACAAAAAGACCAGAUGAAGUGAAACACAGAAGGACCAAGAAGCAGAGGAGGACUGCCCUGUUGAUGAGUGGGGCUGCUGAGACUGAUGGGGGUCCAACAUUGCAGAAGCAGAACACAGCUGAUCAGUGAUGGCAGCGUGGUGUAUGCUGAGGCCCUCUGGGACCAUGUCACCAUGGACGACCAGGAGCUUGGCUUCAAGGCUGGUGAUGUCAUUGAAGUAGUGGAUGCCACUAACAAGGAGUGGUGGUGGGGUCGCAUCAUGGACAGCGAGGGCUGGUUCCCUGCCAGCUUUGUACGGUUACGUGUGAACCAGGAUGAGCCCAUGGAGGAGUAUCUGGCCCACCUGGAGGAGGCUCAGGCUGGAGAGGAGAACCGCACAGGCCUGGGCUUGUUGCUGGGACCUGGUUUACCCUGCAAAGAACAGAUGAGAACCAAUGUCAUCAAUGAGAUCAUGAGCACAGAAAGAGACUACAUCAAGCACCUGAAAGACAUCUGUGAGGGUUACAUCAAACAGUGCCGCAAGCGGACAGACAUGUUCACAGAAGAGCAGCUUCGUACCAUCUUUGGCAAUAUUGAAGAGAUCUACCGUUUCCAGAGGAAGUUCCUGAAAGACCUGGAGAAGAAAUUUAACAAGGAGCAGGCGCACCUCAGUGAGAUUGGUUGCUGCUUCCUCGAACAUCAAACAGAUUUCCAGAUCUAUUCAGAGUAUUGCAACAACCACCCCAAUGCCUGCAUUCAGCUCUCUAAGCUCAUGAAGGUCAACAAAUACGUGUUCUUCUUUGAGGCCUGCCGACUCCUCCAGAAGAUGAUUGACAUUUCCUUGGAUGGCUUCCUACUCACUCCAGUUCAGAAGAUCUGCAAGUACCCACUCCAACUGGCUGAGCUGCUCAAAUACACCAAUCCACAGCACAGAGACUACAAAGAUGUGGAGGCGGCCUUAAAUGCCAUGAAGAAUGUGGCCAGGCUAAUCAAUGAGAGGAAACGGCGUCUCGAGAACAUUGACAAGAUUGCCCAGUGGCAGAGCUCUAUAGAAGACUGGGAGGGAGAAGACAUCCUCAGCAGGAGCUCUGAUCUCAUCUUUUCAGGGGAGUUAAGCAAGCUGUCCCAGCCUCAGACUAAGAGUCAACAGAGAAUGUUCUUUCUCUUUGACCAUCAGAUGGUGUACUGCAAAAAGGACCUCUUGCGGCGGGAUAUGCUGUACUACAAGGGUCGGAUGGACAUGGACCACAUGGAGGUGAUAGAUGUGGAGGAUGGCAAGGAGAAGGACUUCAACAUCAGCGUAAGGAAUGCCCUGAAGCUGCGGUCACUGGCUAGUGACGAAGUCCACCUCUUGUGUGCCAAGAAGCCAGAGCAGAAACAACGCUGGCUGCGAGCCUUUGCUGAUGAGAGGAUUCAGGUCCAGCAUGACCGUGAGACAGGAUUCUCUCUCACAGAAGUCCAGAAGAAACAGGCCAUGCUUAAUGCCUGCAAAAGCCAUCCAGCUGGGAAACCUAAAGCAGUGACCAGACCCUACUACGAUUUCCUUCUGCGACAGAAGCACCCCUCUCUCCCCACUGCUUUGCCCAAGCAGCAGGUCUUCAUGCUGGCUGAGCCAAAGCGCAAAACCUCCACCUUCUGGCACAACAUUGGCAGAUUGACACCUUUCAAGAAGUAAAGAAAAAAUCAGAAAGGAAAAGGAAGCUGUGGAGAGAAGAAACAAAGGAGAAGGAAGAGAGGAGCUCUCUGUUCAUGCCUCAAUAGACCCUUUUUAAUGAUCUAUUUUCUUUCUUUCUAUUCCUAACAUGGCUCUAAUGACAAACUGAUUUAUUGUACAGAUGAGGAUGGUUAUAAUGUUAAGGAGAUUCUUUUUUGAAAGCACUUUAUAGGUUGGUUAACAAUCAGACUUUAGAAUGGUCUCCUGUAGACACUGAGUGAAACAGGGAGAGUGGACUCUUGCUUAACUUACUACUACUACUACUACUACUACUACUACUACUACUGUACUGCUGUGAGUGACUUUGGGACUCCUGACUGUGUUGCCUCUAUGAAGAAGUUGGCUGUCAACAAAAUUAUGUCAUUUAUUUCCACUGUUGUAUUGUUUUAUGAUUUCACAGUUGCCAAGCGUUCACAGUGCCGGAUCAUUUGUUUUUAUUUGUUUGUUAUGUGUCUGUUUAUGAAAAAAAGGGGAAAGACCCGUUUCCACUGAAGAAG